UCUGCGUCCCCCCACGCCGGACUAACCCUAAUCCCGUCGGUUUCUGCCGGCGGCGCAGUCAGAGGACAAGCAGUGGUGGCGGGGACCUCCGGAGCCCAGAUCUCCUCCCGGCGGGCGGCUAUCCGACCGAGGGCCCUUCGCGAUCCGCGCCGCCCCUGCCCUUCCUCCAACAUCCGAUCCCACACCCAAUCAGCUGGACGCAAGCGAAAAUACUCGGUGGCCAUCGACGUGGAUCCCGUCCGUGACUGGGCGAACAUCGGGGACGGGCCCGCCGGCCUGAUCGCCGAGCUUGCCCUCGCCAGCGACGUGGCCGACUAUGUCCGCUUCCGCGCCGUGUGCCGGCCGUGGCGGCGGUGCUCGCCGGACCCGUGCGCCGGCGGCCUGGACGGCCGCUUCCUGCCCCGCAAGUGGAUCAUGCUUGACAAGGCGCUUGCCAGGCCCCGCCGACAUCGCUUGCUUAAUGUGUCUACAGGCGAGUGCAUACGGAUGGACCUCCCGGAGUUCGCGGAGCACACGUUGCUCGCGCUCACCCCAGAAGGCCUCCUCCUCCUGCUCCUCAAGUCCACCCUGGUUGUCCGCCUGCUUAACCCGCUCACGCGGCAGCUCACCGACCUUCCGCCGAUGACCGCUCUCCUGAGACCAGGGCAGCAUCGGUCCAGGCAAUGUGGUGUCGAGAUAGGAAGAACAAUAAAUGUGUCCGGCGUGGGUCUUGUUGCCGACGCCUCCAUGGUGGCAGUCAAUUUCUUUGAUCCCAGGGGGCUUGUCGUCGCUAAGCCCGGCGAUGAGAGUUGGACCAUGGUCGACAAGGAAUACAUGAAUUCGGUUUUGCCUUUUGCGGGGCGCUUCUACUGCGCCAACUACAGGGGCGUCAUGGUGCUGACGACCAGCUCGGAUCAGCAGCCGCCCCGGCUCCAGUUGGUCGCUGACCGGAGCGACUCAUUUGAUUUCUACCGGAUGGCGCACAGCCUUCACCUGGUGGACAAUGGCGGGGAGUUGAUGCUGGUGCACCGAGCGCUAAGCCUGGACGGCGAGUAUGGCAGGAGUUAUGAUGCUUACAGAGUGGAUUUGGAAGCUGGGGUCCUGGCCCCAGCCAAGGGCUUCAACGGGCGCGCCGUGUUCAUGGGCAUGUGCCGCUCAAUUUCUGUACCAGCUGAGGCUGCUUACCCCUCUGUCGCUGCUGAUACCAUCUACCUGGGACGCGAUUGUGGUGGCCAGAUUCAGGGGUACAAUAUCGCGGAUGGAAGCAUAUGCAGUCUGAUUGAGGCAGUAUGUCCGCAUAGUAUUGUGGAUUGUCUCCGCUGCUGCAUCCAGGGACUCGGCAAGCAACUUGCUUGAGCCUCAGGACGAAUAAUGGGUGUUUGACGAAUGCUGGGUGUUAUUCUUUGCUAUGAUUCUGUUUCUCCGGCGGGUGUGGUGUUUGCGGUGAUUCUGGUCUUGGCCUACUGCUGGUGUGGUGUCUGCCGUGAUUCUGGUCUUGGCCUACUGCUGGGCGUGGUGUCUGCCGUGAUUCUGGUCCUGGUCUUAUGCAUCAGUUACUGUGUAUCGUACAGCAUUAUCAUAUGUACCUCAAAUAAUAUAAACGCUUAUCAAACAAAAAAUGUUACUGGUUUUCUGUUUCUAAUAUUUA